CACACUGCUCCCGCUCAUGAAUUUGAAUGUCAGUGCUUCCCAAUUUGCGUUUUCCACAGCUACGACUACAACCUUAUUCAAACAGAAACGGGGCAGCCGGAGCCGCGCCAGCUCGUCAAUAUCUUCUAGGUGGAAAAGCAUCAAAAUGCCGGAAGAUGAACCCGCGGAAGCGCUGCUUCUGAGCCGCAACAUGCUUGAUACGCUGAAUUCUUCGACUGCAGAGUCGGUUCGCCAUGUCGACAGCUUGGUGUCGGACAUUAGCGCUAUCAAUCAGCGCCUCUCAAGAAAUCUCAUCGGCGGGGGUACUAACGCCGAUCAUAACCCACUAUCAACAGCAGCGCGGCAGUCUCGGCGUGCAAACCGAGAGACGACUUUCAAUCAAGUCGCAGGCACUGAAUCUGCUGGUGUUUCUGCGGAACCGACCAGGUGAUUUUUGCUUUUCGUUUUGUUGCAAAUAGUGUAGUCCUCCUCUUUUGCAUCAUUGCUUUAGAAUGGGGCAAAUUUUUCCGGCAUAGCAACUGAUGGCUCAACUACGACAGGUUCCAUCAAGCGCCCCCCGGUGCCACCAUUUCUACAGCUUUUUUUGCUGAUUCGAAAAGUCCCUUGCUGUACAAACGUGAUCUGUUAACCGAGUCCUUCAAAAUAGCGGCAGCAGAGCAAGAAGCGAAGGCCGCACAGCGGGCCGCCGCCGAACGGGCGAGGAACUUCUUACCCGGAGACGACGGCGAUUUGUUUCAGAACGUCUACUCCCUGAAUGUGACCAUGGACCGGCGCGCUUUAUCCGCUUCUCCCGAGAAGGCACGACCUGUUCCGUUCUGUCCCGAAGCCAUUCUCGAGAGUGUGUUCAACCCGAGAAGUAGACGAGACACUGCAGAAGUAGAUGCGGUUUCUGGUUUCGGCCCUGCGUCCAGCGAUUCGGAAGGGCGAUUGAUCGGCAGUGGAGGUGGGACAACAGCUGCAAAUCAUCUUCACCUUUCUGCGGCGGAAAGCCUCAGCGGCUACAACAGUGCGCACGAAGUUUUUUCUGCGGAAAGUAAAACUUCUGACAGCAUUGCACACGCCAUCUCCAAGUGGCACCAGCAACCGGGAGCUGCACCUGUCGGGGGGACAAGAAGUGCUGGAUCGGUUGCAUCCUCGUCAGCAGCUAGUCGGGGAAUUCGAAACACACGACCUGCGCAGCACAUCACGUCUGGUGGGACGACAUUUGCCACAUGGGUGUCGCCGGACCUGCGAAAGGAACAAAAAAUUCGUGCGCGGCGCGCUCGCGUUGAUUUGGCGCAGGAAGGAGAGGAUGAACAAGAUGGGGAACAAAGCAUGAGCGCUUCCGAGCCGCGCGACCGCGAAGGUCGUGUUGCGGGUCAUCAGCAAGUUGGAGAGCAAACAAAGGAGACAAGCAAAGAGAGCACCGCUAACGGUUCCCCGAGGAAUCACCACCUGGAGCGGGACCUCUCAGUUCAAUUUUGUCUUCCGCAAGCUGUGGCUGAAGAGAUGCAAACUGCAGUACAACCGAAGGCGGAAGUGCGAGACUCGCAGGUCCAGACAGAACAAGAAACAAGUGGUCAUCAUCUUGAGCCACAACUUGCGUCUUCGCCAAAGAACGACGAACCUAAAAGGGAAGGCGGACCUGGCGGCAAAGCCAAAGGCGGAAUUGUUUACGAGGAGGACGAGCAGCUCCAACUUGUCAGUCCGCGUGAGCGAAUGUCUCGGAUUCUGGCAAAUCACCAAUCUCGGGUGGAGGAAUGUCUGUCACAGGGUUCCUCUGCAGCAACCGUUUCUUCUCGGAGCAGGACCAACGCGGCAUUGUAUGGCACAAUGCGACAGAGAACAAAUCGCAGCCGCAGCAACUCGAGUAGGUCUGACGGCGCCGGUCAAGAAGAGCACAUGAAUCUAACGUCUCCGCGAACCAAGUACGCACUGCAGGCCACGAACAUUUUCAGCAGUAAGCGAAUGCCGGCUUCAGCAUCCGCUGCAGUUUCGCAAGCUGCAACACCGACUGGGGCUAAGGACAGCAGGGAAAAUUUUGUGGCCGACGCAGCUAUCCCGCUCGAAUCUGGGAGUUCUUCGAAAGAGUCGCCGAAUGUUGGGACCGGGGUUGUACAGCAGCUAGGCGGAGUUUCUUCUGCAGUUAUCCGCUUGAGCUCACUAUCUCGCUCACCAGCGCGAACGCGGACUCCACACAAGACGACAAGCGAGAGUCGCAGCCCGUUCGCUGAUAUUCGGGAGGCAGCCAGCAGACUUCUCAACGGCACCCGCGAAUCAUCUCCAUCGCCGGUAUUCGGCACUGCUUCCCCGCGUGGGAAUGAUAGAAGUCGCGCGGAGCUCCUUUCAGCCCCACCGACGGUACUUCCAGAGGAGAAACAAGCACGGGGACGAAUAAGAGAAAACAACGAAAAGGAUGACUUGGAGUCGGUGAGAACGCCGAGCAAAGUUUCAAUCGUGCCGUCCUCCCCUACUGAGAGUGUUCCAGUCUCCUCUGAGGAGUUGAUAGGGCUUCAGCAGUCCUCCUCGUCUUCCGCAACGGCGGACGUCCUUGCUGGGAGUGCGCAACGUCUUCGCGCCGCGAGAGGUCAAGCGCUGGACUCACCCGUGAAUAUCGGUAGUGUCCUGGAUUCGCCGAUGGGCGCGCGGCGGUUGAGGACAGAGAUAAAAUCAGUCUGUCUCCCGCCCGGAGGAGGCUCUAGUUUGAAGCGGAAAAGCAAGGGAGUGGCGUCCACCUUCGGGACGAGCGAAGUUGAGGAAACGAGCAUGAUACACGCGAUCAGUACGACGGACAAGACACCGAAGGGCGCCACAGCUGCAUCACCGCAAUUCUCCGGAAAAUCCGCGAUUAGUCUGCUGGUUGCGGACUUGAUCAAAAAAGAAACGGCGUUGAAAUUCGACCAGGGCGCGCUGGCCGACUACGCGGGGGAAGAAAGCGCGCUGUCGACGCUGGGAAGUCCGAGUAGCUCGAGCGCAGUGUCGGACGUGGGCGGCGAUCAGAAAGAUACGGGUGUUGGCGCACGAGCUCCUUUCGAAAUUUCCGCCUCUGCCUUGCGUCAAGAAGACCCAGCAGCUGGCGCAGGGUUGCACACGUCGUCCCCCUCAUCGGCGAUGGAAGGCGAACGAAACAAUGCACCACCAGCAGCCGAACCAUUCGAACAAGAAGAAGAGCCUGCUCUCGACGAAAGAAAUUCCAGCUCGUGCAAGCCGCGACCACCGGUUUUCACCGCAAAAGUGAAGUCAACGUCGCCGACAAGGAGCAGCAGUGUCGUCCGGAGAAACCAGUCGGCAUCGUCAUCAGAAAAUACCGAAUUACUAUCGGCGGCGCCAGCAGUUCUGGAAAGUGAGGAAAGCGCAUCUUCCUCCUCUUCGUCCUCAGCAGUACUCAAGGGUGGAACGAAAACAAAACAGAGAACCAGCGCGGCUCCGUACAUUCCAAAGCCCACUAGUAGUUCGCAAGCAAAAGUUCGCACAACCGCCACCACUGGUGCGGGGUUUUGGAACAAGGGACGCGGAGAGUUGCCACUUGUGCCAGGAGGGGCGAAACCGAAUAAGGGAGCGACCAACAACAAUAGAGCUAGUGGUCUCGCAGGAACAGAAGCUACAAAAAUACCUUUUAGCACCGCUGCAGCAAGAGCAACUAGUGCGGUUCUGUCAGCGCAAACAGCAAGGCGAACAAACACGACGGGGAAAGCGAAAGCUGCAUCUUCCCACACGUCAAAAGAAAAACCCAAACCGACGACCCCGCCGCGGGAUUUCACCUCGUUCGCCGGCACACGAAUCGGCAAGCUGCAGGAAAAGCGCGACAUUGCAAAAGCAAGGUUGCAGCUGAGUCGGAGCCGCACAGCAGAAGAUGAAAACAGCAGCCUGCUGAAAAAGCUGUUGCACGAUCCGCUCUUUCUGGACCCCAUGCUGAACAACGGAAAAGAUUCUUCUGUGGCAAAAAUAAAGCGGCCGAGCGCACAGUUGUCUGCGAAAAAGCACACCGCGGCAUCCCAUGGGCCGUCGACCUCCCAGCUGGAAAAGAAAUCGGCACGACCUGCCGCAACCGCCAGACAUGCCGAUGUUGAGAACGUGGGGCAGCAAAAACGUCGCUACCUGAUCAAAGCCGGAAAUAAAGAUAGCACCUCUAAGGGAUCGACAGCAGGUACGAAGGAGGAAAGGAAACCUGAGGAUGAAGCAGGAGCAAUAGCUUGUUCCGCAACUACCAAACUGCUGAAAUGGGUGCAAGAAGAAUUUGCAGCAGCUGGUGCGCAGGAGGAGAAAACCGGUAAGAAGAAAACAGAAGAACUCAUCACACUAACGGAUCCGCACAAUAAAUCUGCCGAGGAACAAAUAGCCAAUCCGUUUUCUGAGAUCGAUGCCAUGCUGACACGAUUGCGGCAGAAAACACAACUCUCCAAGCCAACUGGGGAGCAGCUCGAGGACAAAAUUAAGGAGUGUGUCACUGGACAGAUGAAACGGGAGGACGAGGUCGAUGGGGCUUCAAUUCUUUUCAACAAGCCAGGUCUCCCGGAGGAAGUAGGUAUAAGUGUUAGCAAAAAAUACUUAUGAUCUAUUAUACUUGUAGUCCGUGCGAGUGCGUUUAACGCACUGCGUCAUGCUGCAUCUGCAUGUGGUGUGAAAUUUUGUAUUGACUGAUAGACGCUUUUCGAUUUCGUUUUCUUGUGUAGGUCGAUGGUACUUAGAUCGGAUGCCCUGCAGCUGGCAACGACACAAGUUCAAGUACAGUACUGUAGCUUUGUUUUUGGAGGAUGAUCGAUGUCAAAGACAAAAUGAAUCGAAACGCGUCAAGAAAUAUGUUUUGAACACCAGGUCCCCCCGAAGAGCCAGAUUUGCUGAGUGAGCUGAGUCCUUUGGACGACUACUCGGAGCAAGAGCAAUCGGACCUGGACGUGGUCAUCCGCAAAAGCGAGCUGCUGCUGCAUUCCCUUCAAGAAACAGUUGGGGAUAGCCCCCUCGACGGAAAUGCAGUGGUGAGAAAUGGGAAUUCUCCACUUGGGGAAUAACGUUGAGGAGAAGUGCCAGCUAAUAUUACAAGGAUGUCGUCCAAUAAACUACAGUAACUGACUACAUCAUCCCAAGCUAACGCAUUGAAAACUAAAUCAUUCGUUUCUAUUCGUAUUCGUACUGGAAUUCUGCCAAUCGUUUCGAUUGUUUCACGGCAAUCUCACAAUCACAAAAUGUACAAUUAUGAGCUGCAACUGUUGAGGCUAAACGUAAACAAACUAGAAAAAGGCAAGUUUCAUCGAUGGCAUCUACAACUAGCCUAUUCAGCAAGGAAAUUCUGUUACAUCGUGUUUGGACAAGAGCAUUCAAGCAAGCCUGUACACUAGCGAUUGACAAAAUCAUGGUGUCUUCAUAAGUAGCGCCACCCUUUGAAUUGAUAUGUCUGCAUCAUGUUUGAAGUUGAACUAGAGCUCGUCUUCAUUCUGAAG